AAGAAGAAAAGUUCUUGCCUUUGGAACACAGAUCCACAGCACAAUGCGGGACUUCUGCCUGAUCCUCUUCUGGGGGUGUUGUGGCGUGCAUGUCUGGGAAACACUCCUAGUAUCCACAUUGAGGUUACCAGAAGAUGUGAACGAAUGUAACGAUUCCACCGUGUGCCCAUCUCAUGCGAAAUGCACCAACACUUUUGAGAGUUACUACUGCACCUGCAAACAAGGCUUCCAGUCCAGCAACGGGCAAAAGAACUUCAGGGGCCCAGGGGUAGAAUGCAAAGAUGUAGAUGAAUGUUCUCAGAGUCCCUCAACUUGCGGUUCUUUCUCGAACUGCACCAACAUGCAGGGGAGAUACAAGUGCAGCUGUUGGCCUGGUUUCUCUUCUCCAACUGGAAAUGACUGGGUCUUGGGAAAGCCAGGCCGUUUUGCCUGUUCAGAUGUGGAUGAAUGUGCCAAUCCUCAAGCUUGCCCAGAGCAUGCCGGUUGCCAUAACACUCACGGAAGCUACUCUUGUUCCUGCAACCCAGGAUUUGCAUCCAGCAGUGGAAACUUGAGUUUUCAGGGCCCAGGAGAGAGGUGUGAAGAUGUGGAUGAAUGUUCCACGAACGCGACUCUUUGUGGCCCCAAUUCUAUCUGCACCAACAGCCCAGGGGAAUACAAUUGCUCCUGCCUUCCUGGAUUCUUUUCACCCUAUCCUUGGAUCUCUGAGAAACCAGAGGCUUUCCAAUGUAAAGACAUUGAUGAGUGCUCCCAAGAUCCAUCACCAUGUGGCCCAAAUUCCAUCUGCAAUAAUACCCUGGGAUCCUACAGCUGUAACUGCACCAUGGGCUUUCGACCUGAUCCAGAAGGAUCCUGGAAAGAUGGCAACUUCAGCUGCAAAAGAAUUCUCUUCAAGUGUAAAGAAGAUAUAAUACCCAACAAUGAGCAGGUCCAGCUAUGCCAAGGGAAAGCAGCAGUGAAGCCGGAAUAUGAUUCCUUCUGUGAACUGAUGGACACCACCUUCGGCAUUCUGGAUGAUGCCUGCCAAAACAAAACUGCCACCAUUUCUCUGGAGAAAACAGCUAAGAGUAUUGGCUCUGUGCUUCAACAAAUACCCACUCAGUCCAACUUUACCAAGGAACAGACAUCCACCCUGGCCACAGUCUUGCUGGAGAGUGUGGAGAGUACCAUGUUGGCAACAUUUCUGAAUCCAUCAGUGAAUGCCAGUCAGACUAUUCAGAGUGACUUUUUAGACAUUGAAAGCAAAGUUAUCAAAGAAGAAUGCAUUGAAGAAAAUAUAGCCUUUAAUUUGAAAGCCAAAGGAGAUGCCAUGAAGAUUGAAUGUUCCACAAUAGGGGAGUCUGGUUCCUCAGGAACUACUGGGGUGGCUUUUGCCUCCUUCCAGGGCAUGGAGUCUAUUUUAGAUGCAAGCUUCUUCCAAGAUUCCCAGGCCCCCUUGACCUACUCUAAGAGGCAGCUGAAGAUGAAUUCUCAUAUUGUCAGAAGCAUUUUGACUGGGGAGAAGAAAGACGGCUUCUCAGAUCCAGUUAUCUACACUCUGGAGAACAUCCAGCCAAAGCAGAAGUUUGAGAGCCCCAUCUGUGUUUCCUGGGACUUGGAUACGGAGGGCGGGAGGUGGACAUCCUCAGGCUGUGUGAUCCUUGAGGCUUCUGAGAACCACACCAUCUGCAGCUGUAAGCGUUUGGCGAACCUGGCCAUCAUCAUGGCCUCUACAGAGCUCACGAUGGAGUACUCCUUGUACAUCAUUAGCCAUGUGGGCUUGAUCAUCUCCCUGGUGUGCCUCGUCUUGGCCAUUGCCACGUUCCUGCUGUGUCAUUCCAUUCGCAACCGCAACACCGACCUCCACCUGCACCUCUGCGUGUGCCUCUUCCUGGCCAAGAUUCUCUUCCUCACUGGUGUAGACAAGACGAACAACCAGUUGGGCUGUGCCAUUAUUGCAGGCCUUUUGCACUACCUGUUCCUUGCCUGCUUCUUCUGGAUGCUGGUGGAAGCUGUCAUGCUGUUCCUAAUGGUCAGGAACCUGAAGGUGGUGAAUUACUUCAGUUCUCGCAACAUCAAAAUACUGCACCUGUGUGCCUUUGGCUAUGGACUCCCAGUGCUGGUGGUGGUUGUCUCUGCCAGUGUACAGCCACAGGGCUAUGGGAUGCAUAAUCGUUGCUGGCUAAAUACAGAGACAGGACUCAUCUGGAGUUUCCUGGGGCCGGUUUGCACAAUCAUAUUGAUCAACUCCAUCCUCCUCACUUGGACCUUGUGGAUCCUGAGGCAGAAACUUUCCAGUGUCAAUGCCGAAGUCUCAACGCUCAAAGACACCAGGUUCGUGAAGAAUACAGAAGGUGUUUCACCAGGAAGACCAAGCCCAGCUCUCAGUUCCAGACCUCAGGGGUCUUACUGUCAUCCCUGCCCUCCACAUCCAAAACGGGUUAAAGUCCAUUCUUACUUUCAAACAUGUGAUGGAUCAACAUUUGCAGAAAUCAGACGCCAGCAGGAGUCUGCCCUUAAAUCUUCUCUUCAACAUUCUGAGCAAUUCAGAACAUGGAUGGGUGGGGUUCUCUUCCCAGAGUUUCUUGCUCUGGUGAGAAACAAUGAGUUCUACCCCAGAUUAUUGCUUUACUGCAACUUACAAUGGGUGCACACCAACAGGAAUGUGGAUUAAGAAUGUGUCUAAUUUUGGGAACAUAAUUCAGUCUACCAAAGAUGAGGUAGAGUGUAAGGUGUUUACACAACUUCUUAAAUGUAGAAAUAACAGACACCAGUUCAAUGGCACAAGCAAGAACAUCUGGCUACCAGUUUAUUUUCUCCUAAGCCAGUUGAUGCAUGGUUCUGGGAGUUUCCAACACCCAUCAUGGUUCCUGAUUACAGACUAGCACUUAGUACAUAAUUUAUCUUUCUUAUGACAAGUACUUGUCUUGCUUUUUAAGUUAAAGGUCAGUAAAACUCUAAUGAGGGCCCAAGGGGAUCAAGAAAGCACAUAGCCAUUUAGGCUACCUUGGUAUAAACAUUUAAAAUAAUUGUGUUGAAAGGAGGAGCCUUUGAUGGAGCAGAAUUCUAGCAUUUCAUGGAGGUGGAAGCACUGGAUGACAAGUGCUUUGUUUCCCCAGGGCCUUUAGGUUGCCAACAUCUCCUUCUUGUCGUGGAUCUUCUGUAUUUCUUGCUAGUAUUCACUGUGCUCACAAAGUUAUCAGCAGCCCUCCUUACUCUUCACCCCCCGUACAAUCUGGAAGACCAGGGAGGGAAGAUGGAGAUGAACAUUUAGAAGGUGGACAUCCUCAUUCCCAUGGAUGCUCUAAAACCUCACUCUUCACAGUGUGGACAGCGGACCAACCUCAUCUCUGAAUCAGAACUUGCAUGUUAAUCACAUCCCAAGGACAUUCGUGGACAUAAGAAUGUUUGAGAGUUCUGUCAUCUCAGUUGUCCCAGCUGAGGCCAAUGUGAAGCUGACCUUAGUCAUUUGAGUGAGUCCAGUGAAAACCAACAGACGUGCACCACAAAUUCAUAGACUUCAAAACAAUAACAUGACAUCAUUGUUUGAAGGCACUGAGUUUAGGGGAUGACUUGUUACAAAGCUUUAUUUGCUGCAGUAGCUAACAGAUACAUCUGGUGGAUUGCCAAUGAUUUGCAUUUUUUGCAAUAAUUUGGAAUGUAACAGAGGAUUUGGAACUUCAUUUCCUCAUUGCUAUCAGCAUCUAUAACUUCCAUCCUGCUUGAAUAAAAUCUCUGAAAAUGGGUUGCACAAAUCUUUAUCUCCACAGUAGUGUUACAUGUUGGAUUAAAACACAGUUGCCUUAAGAAUCCUGUAUUUUGAAGAUAAUUGGAUAAAGCUGGGACUCCACAACAGGAAAUUUCCUUGCUGUAAACAUCAAGUUAUACUUGUUAUGUUCCUUCACCUCUGUGGUCUCCUAUGAAUCCACUAGAGGAAGAAAAUAAAAAAAAGCAUGACUCUCAAAUCCCAUAAAUAUAAUGUGAAAUAGCUUUUUCCCUCUUAUAAUCCAAUUAAUUUAUGGUACCUAUAAAAAUAGAGAUCCAUUCAUUCGAUAAAUAUUUAUUAACCACUUUUGCCCCACAACACAACAAUAGUAGAAAAAAAUUUAAAAAUGGAAAAGUAAGUGUAUUAAAACUUAUAACAUUAUUUUAAAAUUAAACAAACAAGAAACUACAAAUCCUGGAGAGGAUGUAAAAAUUAAAUAUUUUAUUUAAACCCAAAUCAGAAUUUAUUAUAAUUUUACUUCCUUAAUUUUGAUGGAAGAAAACACAUCAAUAACAUGUUCAUCAUUAAGCCCUGGAUAAAAACUAACCAUUUUAAAAAACAUAAAAACAUGUAUUUUUGGGGUGCACAUUUUUUUAUUUGCCUCCAGCUUCAUCAUGACCUUGCAUAGCACUGUGGGAUCUGUCUUUAUUUAAAAUUUGGAUAUUAUUUAUCAUGGAUUUUCUUACAAUGAUUGAGAUUUUAAAAAAUAUUGCAACAACCCUGUAUUUAUCUUGAUUAAUUAGUUUUUUUUCAAUGAAAAUAUGCUGGUCUUUAAUAAGCAAAAGGCAAUCUUAGAUUUCUGCUAUGUUAAAGCUAAAUAAAUCUACAAAAGAUCUAUUCAAAGAUGUCAAACUACUAUCCUUGUUCCCUCCUCACAUAAGUAACUAUCUCUUCCUCUUUCCUAUAAAAAUGACAGCACACUCUACACACUAUUUUUCGCUGAAUAUGUCCUGGAGUUUACUGCAGCAUGUAGAGAUAGUCCUUCCUUCUGUUUACAGCUGUUUGGUACUGCUUUGUGUAGGUGUACGGUAGUUUAUUCAACCAGUUCCCCAUUUAUGGCUAUUUGGAUCUAAUCUGUUUGGCUAUUUGGAUUGUCUCUGCUUUUGCAAAUAAUGGCACAAUGAAUUUAUACAAUAAGAGUAACCUUCAUGGAAUAUCAUUGAAGGAGAGAGGUGCAAGCUAUUUCCAACAACAAAUGAGGGGAAAUAGCAAAAACUUGUAGCAAAUUAUCUAAGGUCCUACAGAUGCAGAGAGACAAAAGCUGCUCCCACUAUUCUUAUAAUAACCUACAAAACACUAUUUCACAAAUUUCCAUUUCUAGGCUAUACAAAAUGUCCAUAAUUUUUGGUUAAGGUAGAAAUGGUCUUAGGAAUCCAACUCAAGAUCAUCUUAUUGUAUAUAUAAGGCUGCAGAGUUAUCUCCAGGACAUACUCUUUUUAAUGCAAAUUUAUUGGGAUAUAUUCACAUACCAUUCAGUCAUCUGAAGUGCACAAUCUGUUGACCACAGUAUCAUCACCAUAAUCAAUUUUGUUGUGCCUUCAUUACCAUAAUCAAUUUUUGACAUUUUCAUUACUCCAAAGAAUAAAAAUAAGAGCAAAAAUAAAACAAAAGUAAAAAAGAACACCCAAAACAUC